CCACCAUCCCGAUCCCCGCAUCGCCCAGCACCACACAUCCCGCACCAUGACUGCGCCGCCGCCCAAGAUCACGUCCGACGCCGAGCGCGCCCUCGCCUCCGAGACGGGGCGCGAGCUGCACUGCGAGGGCUUCGAGUCGAGCCGCAUCUUUGCGCUCUCGGCCGCGCUUCUCGCGCAGCCGCUGCCGGGCGGCAUGACGCCGCGCCGUCUGAUCCGCAGCAUGAAUGCCAUCUUCCUCUUCAUCGUCUCGCCCACGUCGCCGCUCGACCCGACGAACCCGCGCACGCGCCCGAGCCGCAGCGGCGACGCCCACGGCGGCGGCGCACUGCGUCCGGCGCUGUGGUACGUCGACAUGCGCCGCAAGGGCACCAUCGGGCGCGGCCAGCCGCCCAAGACGCUGCUGGGACGAAAGCGACGCGCAGACGUCGUCAUUGAAUGCCUCGACGGCGACCUCGUCGACAUUGCGACAGGCAAGAAGCACGCGCAGAAGCUGUACAACUCGGGCCGCAUCAAGGUCAAGGGCGACCUCGACAAGGCGCUGCGUCUGGCCACUGUGCUGAGCCACGAGCGCUCGAAGCUGUACGGCGCCGCGCCCGCCGACGCCGCAGGCAAGGAGUUUGGCGUCAAGAUGCCCGCCGCGGGCAACGACGCCGCCAACGAGUACUCGGACGGUGCGCCGGCGCCGUACAGCGACAUCAGUCCCGCUCGCUCGCGCCUGUAGGCAGCAUUUUGGCGUUCGUGUGAGACUCGGAAUGGCAUGGCUCUGAUGUGACGAG